ACUAAACAAUGAAUGUAGAGAUUUAAUGUUCUAACUGAGAGAUCGAUGUGGAUAAUUCAUAAUUCCUGAACCCGCCAUUGUGUGGGAUCUUACAAGAAACUCAAGGUGUUUCUAUCGGACUUCCUUUGUGUAAUCUCAGAGGAAUGCAAAAAGAUUCAUAUAUACUGGAUAACACGGUUCGGUACUUGUAUUCAUCAAUAGGAUAGUUGUCAUAAAAUCAACUAUCCUAACGGUGAGCACAAUCAAUCUGUGUUAUAAAUGGUAAUUGCUGUAUAAGGGGACAUUGAUGAGGGGCAUUUGUUGGGAUACGCCACCCUGUCCACAUUAUCGCAGCUCGGGAGCUCAGCAGAGGAUAAUGGUAUUUAGAUGUCCUGUAAGCACACGGAUCCUCCCAGUCAGCAACAUUAAUGGGGCCAUGAGGUAUCCUGCUCAUGUUUUCCAUGCUUAGGUAAAAGGCUACUAGACAGAAGUAGUGCUCUGCCUUCUUUCCAGUUUGUACACUGACAUGGGGAGCAAUGGCAAGGUGUUCCAGUUCUUCAACAGGAGACGAAGUCUGUUCCCGAACUACAAAGUUACAGGCUCUGAUGUUAAUCGGAGAUCUUCAGAAAUUGUUUAUCCGUCAGCAAAGGAGAGCUGUGUGAGGACAUGGAACUCCAUGCAAGAGCUGAGCAAAGACAUCUACGAUAUCUACGCUGAAUAUGAAGAUGAAGACGAUGAUGUCCAGCAUGGCUCCUCCAAACAAAUUUCCCCAUCCAAGAAUUAUACGAUCAACAUCAAUGUAGGUGGGACGUCCUUCCAAAUCGCCUACAAGAUGGCGGCGAGGUACCCCAAGACCAGAAUUGGACGACUAGCCACUUACACCGACCACAACAUGAAACUGGACCUGUGUGAUGACUACAGUGUGACCAACAACGAGUUCUUCUUCGACCGAGACCCCGAAAUCUUUCACAGCAUCUUCAAUUUCUACCGGACCGGUGUGCUGUGGAUCAAGGAUGAGCUGUGCCCCCGCAACUUCCUAGAGGAGAUCAACUACUGGGGGGUGAGGAUAAAGAACACCCACCGCUGCUGCCGCAUCUCCUUCGAGGAAAGACAGGACGAGCUGAACGAGCAGCUGAAGAUCCAGAGAGAGCUGGAAGCCGAGGUGGAGAUCGAAGAGAACGAAGCUCUGUUUCAAGAUAUGUUCAUGGGCCAGCGGCGGCGAGCUAUUUGGAACUUGAUGGAGAAGCCAUUUUCUUCAAUCAAGGCCAAGCUGAUGGCCGUGACGUCCAGUCUGUUCGUCCUGAUCUCCCUGGUGGCCAUGACGCUGAACACAGUGGAGGAGAUGCAGUAUCGAGCUCAUAUGGGGCAGCUCAGUGGAAAGACUUACUGGGAGUACGUCGAGUCAAUGUGCAUUGCCUUCUUCACCAUGGAGUAUGUGCUACGUUUGGUCUCCACCCCUGACCUCAAAGCCUUCAGCAGGAGUGUGCUCAACACUGUGGACCUGAUCGCAAUCCUGCCUCAGUACCUGCAGGCCAUCCUGGAAUUCUUUGACAACAAGGAAAACUACGUGAAACACGAGGCCGACAUGCAGGCAGUGGGGCAGGUGGGAAAGCUCGGACAAGUCUUGCGUAUCAUGAGACUGAUGCGCAUCUUUCGUAUCUUGAAGCUGGCCCGACACUCCACGGGCCUGCGGGCGUUCGGCUUCACUCUGCGGCAGUGCUACCAACAAGUCGGGUGCCUGUUUCUCUUCAUCGCCAUGGGGAUCUUCAGCUUCUCUGCCAUGGUUUACACUGUGGAACAUGACAUGCCGCAAACAAACUUCUCCAGCAUUCCUCAUGCUUGGUGGUGGGCAUCUGUCAGCAUCUCCACGGUGGGCUACGGCGACGUUUACCCAGAGACCAUCCUGGGUCGUCUCUUUGCUUUCAUCUGCAUCGCUUUCGGAAUCAUCCUCAACGGUUUGCCCAUAUCCAUCCUCUUCAACAAGUUCUCAGACUACUACUCCAAACUCAAGUCCAAUCAGUACACAGCCUCCCUGAAGAAUCGAGGGAAAGUGAGAUUCGCCAAGAGGACCGUGCAGAAGCUAAACGACUGCUUGGGAAAGGACCACUGUCAUGCAAACUGAAGAAACUGUGUAAUUUAAGACAUUUGUGGAGUGUCAGCGACACAAUUUUUUGUUGCACUCCACAGAUUAUCUACUUUGCUGCCUUAACAAACCUGAAUAGAAGCCCGAUGCAGAUAGUGGCUUAUUUAAAAACCUCAUAAUUGACCAACGUUGGGUGAAGAUUAAACACUUGACUGGUCUCAUCAACAUUUGCUUUUUAAAGCAGAAAGGUUUUUAUAUUAAUCAUCAUUACAAGUGAAACAAACAUGGAUUAGACACAGUUUAAAAGAAAUUGUAUGCUAUUUCCACUGUUGCAGUCCCAAAAAUGUAGCACCCUCUCUUUCUUUCAGGAUAAAUGUUAUGUUGGUUCAAUGACAGCGCAACACACAUGGUUGAGUCUUAAUGUAGUCAUGGUCACAAUUACAUUUUUCAGAACAUAUAUUAUGAACUGAUGUUUUGUUUUGUUUGUUAUCACCUAAAUCUUAAAAUCCCAAGGAGUAUAUUCAAUGUUUCCCAAACAUUAUUCGGAGUAAGUAAACUUAAGGCGGAGUACUCAGAGAAACCCCAAGCAAGAAGGGUGAGAACACGGGAACAUUCGCAAUUGUUCUC